AUGGGUUCUCGGAUGGAAGAAGAGGGCAAACCACGUUUUGUGAGGCCACUCCGUAACAUCUCUGUGAACGAAGGUGAACCAGCUCAUUUGGACUGUAUUGUAGUCGGAUAUCCUGAGCCAAAAGUUGUUUGGCACAAAGAAGAAGUGACUGUCAAAGAGUCUGAACGUAUCAAAUUACGCUUCGAGGGUGAUCAGUGCUCACUGGAUAUCACUGAAACGCAACCAUCCGAUACUGGAUUAUAUACGGCCAAAGCGUCGAACACGUUCGGUGAGGCGACAAAUUUCUGUCGUCUUACCGUAUCCUCUCCAAUGCGUGCCGCACCUCCGCCGACUCCGCCGAAGCCGAAACCAAUAUCAAUAGCGCCGUCAUUUGUGCCGCCUCUUAGUAAUCAACAUCUUCGAGAGGGACAACGUGCUAUGCUCCAGGUUCGCGUACUCGGUGAGCCAGCUCCGCAAGUACAUUGGUCCUUCAAUGAACGACCAGUGCAGCCGUCAUCUAUGGAUAUGAAAAUUGUUGAGGACGCUAAUGGAUGGAGUCGACUGAUCAUCGAGAGUGUUCGAACUGAGCACUCUGGAAUGUACACGAUAGUAGCUCAAGUACGAGUUCUUGUUCUUUACUCAACUGCAUGCUUAUGCCACCUGCACUUUUACGCUCCAUUAUUCUUAAACUUAAACAGCAUUCUGAAUUAUUCAUCAGUUUCGAUUUGUGAUUCAGCUCACUGA